CAGAUCUAAAACCGUCACAGCACUCCUCCGUGAAUUGAGCGAUACGCCUUGCUGACCUCUUGCCUAUGUGCUAUGACUUGGUCCUUGAUAAGCGCUAUGUUAGCUGAAGAAAGGUAUAUAGAUGGCCGUCUGCUCCCUGUGGAGUGGCACACACAGUCACUCACUCGGUUCAUCUUCGAGAGCGUCCUACGAAGCUGCACAGACAAAGCACAAAACAUCCUCCACAAUGAGUCGGCCAAUACGGGAAUCUAUCAAGCGCCUCCGGGGCUGGGUGAUGGGAAGCGAGUCUCGAAUGAAGAAAAUCGUCAGAGGCGAAGGUGCACCCGGCACUAGAGCAGCUCCUACACAGUCUGGCAACAACGACAAGAAGAUUGGGCUUCGCCUCGAUCACGGCGAUAUCGUCGUCAAGGACGGAAAGAAGUUCAGGCGCUACAAACUCCAGAUCAACAAGGGUGCUGAAAAUCCAACCCUCAAGGCUCUUGCGGACAAGGACUCCCACCGAGUAUGGUCACAUGCGGACAUACCUAUCGAUGAUACCGACAAGACAGAACCGGGCAAAUUGCUGGAAACAUUUUUCGAGGAUCUUGAGACCAACAUCGAAUCAUGAUGGUUGCAUUUGAAGCAUAGGUAGCGAUUCUUGCAAGUGGUGGAGCCGUUAUCAAAUCAGCACAUUCUUCUAGCACUAUGUUGCUCUGCAAGCUUCUGACUGUCAAUCCGGCAGUUGCCCGUAUCUUCUACCCGUUUCGCCGUCUUUGAUCUGCU